CGCGCAGUGGCCGCAGCGCGGAGCCCGGAGGCAGCCGCUCGCUCCCCGCUCGGACCCGCCGGCCGGUGCCCGCCGCGAUGCCUUAGGACCCCGAGAGCUGCCCCAGAGGACUCCUGGUGGCCAGCAGCUACCAAGCAACCCGUGCCCGUGGCUUCCAGCUCCCGCUGACGCGUCUGGGGGUCCCGUCUGCUGGUCUUCCAGCCUGGAAGCCUCCCCGAACCAUGGAGGCCCCGGAGGUCCCCGUGGGCACGCUGAUUGACUUCGGGACUGAGCCGUCUGCCUCCUCGCCCCUGGAGAUGCUGCCUCCAAAGCUGCAGGAUGGGGACAGCUCCCAGGGCGACGGAGCUUCGGAGAGCGAGACCACAGAGUCUGCGGACAGCGAGAAUGACAUGGGCGAGUCGCCGUCCCACCCGUCCUGGGACCAGUACCGCCGCUCCUCCUCCAACGAGUCCUUCUCUUCCAACCAGAGCACCGAGUCGGCCAAGGACGAGGAGACCUUGGAGCUCCGGGAGUUCAUGCGCGGCUACGUGGAGAAGAUCUUCUCUGGAGGGGAGGACUUGGACCAGGAGGAGAAAGCCAAGUUUGGAGAGUACUGUGGCAGCGAGAACGGAAAGGGACGCGAGUGGUUUGCUCGAUUCGUGAGCGCCCAGCGCUGCAACUCCAAGUGUGUCUCCGAGCCGACCUUCUACCGCCUGGUGCAGUCUUUCGCCGUGGUCCUGUUCGAGUGCCAUCAGAUGGAUGACUUUGGGCCCGCCAAGAACCUCAUGACCAUGUGCUUCACCUACUACCACAUCGGUAAGCCGCACCUGCUGCCCUCCGAGUCCAAGGAGAAGCCCGCGGGGAGCAUCGACUCCUACCUGAAGUCCGCCAACAGCUGGCUGGCGGAGAAGAAGGACAUCGCUGAGCGGCUGCUAAAGAACACAUCGGCCAAGACAGAGAACGUCAAGGGCUUCUUCGGGGGGCUGGAGACCAAGCUGAAGGGACCCCUGGCCAGGAAACAAGAGGAGGAUGAGAACAAGCCCAAGGAGAAGCCGCAGAAGACAGUGACCGUGUGCAGCCCGGAGGAAGAAAGGAAGGGGGAGAAGAUCUACCUGUACACGCACCUGAAGCAGCAGCCCAUCUGGCACACACUGAGGUUCUGGAAUGCGGCUUUCUUCGAUGCUGUCCACUAUGAGAGGAGAAAGCGGUCUCCCACUACCAGAGGGGAUGCUGGAGAGGAGGAGAAGAAGAGGGAGAAGUGGUGCCACAUGACCCAAGAGGAACGCAAUGACAGUCUGCGGUUCAAUGAGAACAUCACCUUCGGGCAGCUGGGCACAUUCACUCACAACAUGCUGGCGUUCGGGCUCAGCAAGAAGCUGUGUAAUGAUUUCCUGAAGAAGCAGGCCGUGAUCGGCAAUCUGGACGAAGAGCAGUACAAGCUGCUGAGCGACCACAUUGAGCAGAUGGCCAUUGAGUAGGCAGGCCAUGGGAGGUCGCCCGGAGCACCCUCCAGGAGGACCGAGGGUGCACACCCCUCUUCUGGGCCAGCGACUGGCUGUCACCCUACCUGAUGACCCUGCAUGACCUCGGAAGCACCCAGAGCCGCUCCGCGCUGCCCUAGAACUAGCGGUUAGAAGAAUCCGGUUGCCCGUCUCCCCACCUCCCUUCUGCCUGUCUGCUCCCCCCAUCCGCGUGCCAAAGGGUCUCUGGGAUUACACGGCUAAAACCAAGGUGAUUGCCCCUGCUCCUGGGUGUCAGGGCCACGACACAGGACCAAGCAGGAGGAGGAGGAAGGAAGCCAGGGCCGAGGUGGGCCCAGAGCAGUGCCUGCUGCAGCCGCCUGCAGGAGAGGGAGGGUGGGAGGUGCACGGGGGAAUGCAGGUGGGGGCAUCAGGAGCUGGGACGCGCCAGUGACGUGGGCGACAGUCCGGGACCCUCUUGUUCAGCAGCGGGAUGGAGUGGGGGUGCUCCCCCAGUCAGGGCUCCUGCUGAGCCACGGCCUUGCGGAGGGGGCAAUGGGCCUCUCCGGGCAAGCCGGGUCAGUCCAUGGCUCCUGCCGGCUCUGUGCCAGCUGCCCACCGUGUGACAGGAACCUGAGUCCUAGGAACCGCUAAGAGGAAAGAGACACUUGGCUAUUUUAGGGAAGGAGAGAGCCUGGUGCAGAGGACCUCCUUCCCAGCCGCAGAAGCCCCAGCAAGGGGUGUGAGCGUCCUGGAGUCCUCGUGAGGUCUGUGUGGUCACUUGCGAAUCACACCAGCCCAGGGCGGGGGCGGUGUCAGGGCACCUGCAAUGCGCUGUCUGCGCGGCUUCCUCGUGAUGCAGACAGAGUCCCCCCAUGUCCGUCCUGGGGGGAGCGCGGGCCGCCUGCCCCUCCAAGAGGCGCGGAUGAGAGAAGUCUCUCCAGUAGCUGCAGAACAACCACCCUUGCUCUUCGGUAUUUCAAGGAAGACGGAAAAAAAAAAAGCUGGGCAGAGGCGGCUUCUGGGGGCAGUGGCGUGGGGCUCGUGUGUGGAGUGGCCAUGAGGCCUGGGGACCCCGCCCCCCAGCAGCCAUGGGAAGGCACCUCUGCCCCUUCGCCCUCACGGGCUGACUGCUUUCCUGCACACUCGGCAGAUACCCCCUCGUCCCGCUUCUGGUGCCCGGGAACGCUGGCUUUUCUCUUGGGGUCUGUGCCGGCCUGAGGGGACGGACGUGUGACAGCAAGCAGCCAGCAUGUGGCUCCUCUGGCAUGAAUACUUCCCGUCCGUCCGCUUCCCUCUGCCUCUGCCCCUUGCACUUGGGCACUGACCUUGAAAGUAGGCCCGUGGGCGCACUCCUUUCCCCACAUCCCCCCCCCCCCGUUUCCCCUCUCUGCCUCCCCACCUGGCAGUCAUUACAUCACGGUCUGCCCUGGAGAACAGCAAAACCAUGCCUGCUGGUCACUGACCCGGCCAGUGCUGGAACGCUUUCCGUCGUGGGAUGCCUCCCUGGAACAUUCCAGAGACGAGCAGGCAGUGACAAAGCUGUAGCCGCAUGUCUCGGUGAGGACAGGAGAGGCGACGUGAAGCUUGGUGUGGUGGGGCUGGGCUGGUGUCCGAAGGCUGGAUCCUGAAACUCUGCUUAUUUUUGUAACGGUAUCGUUCGUGUGUGUGUGUGUGUGUGUGAGAGAGAGAGAGAGAGAGAGGGAGGGAGAGAGGGAGAGAGAGAGAGGUCAGCCUGUCUGGCGAUGUCACCACACAAUGCACAGCUGUGUUGCUGGGGCAGGUCCCACAGACCGGAGGUCCCUCCACCCCACCCUGGGCCAGUGUUGAGCCCAGGGACAGUGCAUGUCUCUACCGAUGGCGUUUCAGACAAAUAAGGUCAAAUUAAGGGGUAUGUGGGCCCCUCCUCCAAUGCUUCUGUCAGAUACUGCGUCCCCUCCUGAAACACUCUGUGCUCCCCUCCCCCUCUGUAGAAUCAGGGCUGCAUGGGGGAGGGGUCUGUCCGAGCCCCGCGAGGCUCUCCCUUCAUUCUCGAUGUCUUUGGCUUUACUAGUCACAUCUCAGUACUUAGUGGAAAUGCGUCACAACGUUUUUGUAAGGUGCCCCAAAGACUUAUCCGUGUAUAUGUACGAGUUUUGGAUAAAAGUCUGAUUCUGGUUUCUGGAGGGAGUGGAGUGGGUUCUGAGGCUCUCUCCAGAGUACCCGGGAGCGAGGCGCUGCCCUUUCCCCCCCCCCCCGGGGCGGGGCCAGCAGGACUCCUGGGCCUUUGGAAGGAAACGCCCCUUUGAUUUCUUUGGGCUUUUCCAAGCACUUUAAUUUCGAAAAUGAUCUUGAGAGGUUGAUUCCCCCCGUAGGCCUCCUGAAAUAGCAUUUGAAGGUGGAAGCAAGGACCGCUUGGGGGUUUCUCCCCUCCCAUUGCUUGUUCUUCCAGAGGUGGCUGGCAGAGUGGGGUUGAGCAGCCCAGUUGGCUCAGACCGUGCCGAGACCUGGGCCCUCUUCGAUGCCUCUGGCCACUGUCACUUGGAGGAGUCCCGUCCCUGGAAAAAAGGCUGGCAGCUUGCCCUGCUGAGAUGCCCUGGGUCCCUGUGACCCCGUCUCUCCCCUUGAGGGCCCGGUCAGAGCAGACUGACAGGGGAGACUCAGAGGUCCAGAGCGUGGAGAAGUCUCCGUCUGCUGCACACACACAGGGACAUGUUGGUAUGAGAGCUCUUGUGAGCCCUUCCUGCAAACUCAGGAACCGUAGACUCAAUGCAGGAAGGGUCAGAUCGUAUCCUAGAAGAGACCUUCCCGUCCCAGCAGGUGGAGUGUCCAAAGCCAGGAGCUCUGAAGUCUUGCCCCUCAUCACGGGUGGUUCAGACUUUCUGCUGGCUGUCCGCCAGGGCUGUGCACUUCACAGUGAGCCUGGACAGCCAAUCCUCUCAAAAAGUUCCCUGCUUGGCAAACAGGAUGAUGUAGAGUUGCAGCUUUUGAAGGUGGGCCAGGCACUGAGGGGGAGAGAGAAUCCCAGGCAGAUCCCCAUGCCCAGUGCGGAGCCUGAGGCGGGGCUCGAUCUCACAACCUUGAGAUCAUCACGUGACCCAAAAUCAGGAGUCAGAUGCUUAAUUGACUGAACCACGCAGGUACCCCAAGAUGCGGCCCUGUAUGUGUUUAGCCCGUUGUUUUCAUUUUAGCAAUAUCGGUAGGUGGGGGGUGGGCACGUUAAUAAUUUGGAUUGCAUCUGCCUUGUGUGUGAGCAUGUGUGUUGAACCAAAGGUAGGAGAACCAGAUUGUGAUACCCUAAGUUACUUGUACAGUAACAUGGAGUGAACUAUGAUUUCCUGUUGCCAAAAAAAGGGGGAAGGUUUGCUAAGUUCUUACGUUACCAAAAGGAGGACCAGAAAGAGUCCCAUUUCCUGAGUUCUGUACCCAAAUUAAAAUCUGGGAUGUUCGGGUGAGCCAAGAAGCCACCUGGGGGCAGGUUGGCCCAUGACUGCCUGUCCGGGCCGCGAGCUGCAGGCCGGACCCUCCGGCACUCUCCAGCAGCCUCACUGUUGGCUGACGGGUGGGCCCGUCAGCGUUAUUACCAGAUGACCUAAAACUGCAGACUCCUGGCAGCGGGGCGGAGGCUGGAGGGGAGCCCUUUUCCUGGAACAGUGAGGAAGGUUGGGAAGGAGGGUCUGUCCAGAGCAGGGAGGCCCGGCCCCAGCCUGCGGAGAGGGGCUUACAGUGCUCAGACCAGUCCAGGCUGCUCUCUUCUCUCCGCGUCUUUCGUCAAGGAUCAGCUGCCGGGUGGGGGGUCCCUUGUGCCUCCCAGCCCCCAACCCCCCUCGCUCUCACGUCUCUGCUGCCUUCCCCUAGCUUCUCUAUAAAUCAUUUAUUCCUUAUGACCCUCGGGGAUGAGUUUCACCAAAAAGGGAACUGGGUGGGCUGGAAGCACCCUUAGCUGAGCAAUGUGCAAUGUUCAGAGCCCGGGCAAAGCCACACAGGCCACCGGUGUCCUGCGUCCUUGUCGCCGUGGAGCUGGGAAUAGGGGCGUGCUGACUGACCAGAUAACAAAUGCAUGGGUCAUUUUCAGAUUAUUCCCCUUCAGCAGAUCUGCUCGAUGCUAAGACCAUCCUCCGUGGCAGGCUCUGGUGGGACCUCAUCGGCGUUCCUUGCUGUCCCUGGGGCAGAGAGUCUCAUGCUCUUUGGGGAGGGAUGGAAGGGUCUCGUGGGAGCCGGGGUGCUCUGUUCCCGGGGCGCUGGCCUGUGCUCCCCGAGUCCACCAGAGCUCAGGAAUGGAGCCCCCCCCAGCUGUGUCCAGCCGACUCCCGUGUCCCUCAGAUUCAACUGGGGAAGCGUUCUCAGUGCAGGGCUCUUGGUUACUAAUGGAAACGGAUAAACUUACCAUUUCUAGAAAAGCAUCAGCAGGUCUGGGUUUGCCCAUCUUCCUGUCUCUUCCACACACGCCUGCCACGGGGUGUCCGAAGAUGGAGGGGAUCCCAGAUCCUCAUAAGCCCCAGACUCCAAGGCUUUGACAAGAUGGAGUCUGAGUCUGAGCAGAGCCCACCGCCACCUGGAGCCCUCCUGAGCUGCCCCCAAAGAGGUCUGCACUUUAGCUAAAGAGACUGCCUGUUGGUAAAUCCCCCUUGAGCCAUGGGUCAGUCCUAGAAUUGGGGUGGGGGGCUGUACCUGUUCCCUCCUUGGUCCUGGACGUGUGCUUGUGAAAACGGGAAGAAGGCGCUGCGGGCGUUGUCCCCCCAGCGCUGACACAGGUGUGGUCCUGGCCUCCCCUGUGCCAGAGACGGCGUGGGUUAGCUUCCUCUGCAAGGUCGUGAGCGAGCCUGGGUCUGUCCCUUCCUUAAGGCAUCUUGAAGAAGACAAGCCAAACCUUUGAACAUCAGGAAAUGCUAGAAAUUCAAACAUUAGACAUAGAUCCCCUUCAAAUAUGUUAAUGUGUUAGAACAAGGCCCGUCUGCUGCCUUUGUUACAACCGCGGCCUCUGCUGGGGCCCUCGGGGAUGGUGUACACGCCAGCAUUAAUGCGUUCUCUCCUUCAGCCAGCCGGUCUUGGACCCCACAUUUGCCGUUGCCGCACCCAGACCUUCCCUUUAGUAGCCCCAAAGUAGGGUUCCGUGAUGCAGGUGUUGGUGUGCCCCUUAUGCAAUCCCGUGUCCCACCAGAUGACGUCCUGCAAACAGUAUUUUAAGGCUGAGGAAGUUUCAAGGUGGCAGAUCUCAGAACAGUGCUAAAAUCAAAACGGUUUCCUGUGAAAAAAACAAUCUAUGUCUCUAUAUUGCACCUCAGGUUGUCAGAAGGUGGAAACUUAAAUAAAUUAUCCUUAAAAAAAAGAAAAAA